AAUAAUGGAAAAGAUUCCUCCAUCGAUGUGAUUAUGAUAUUUUCUUCCUAAGCUUGGCGCUCUUAUCCUUGGAUUUUUCUAUGAAUUUCCGUGGUUUGUUUUCCCUCUUCCCCUCUUCAGCUCGCGAUUGAAGCUUCCCGGAUCUCCUUCUUCGAUUCCGAUUAUAAACCUUCCAAUUUCUCUUUCACUCAGUUGGUUGUUCUAUAAUUUCUCCGAAAUCGAGAUGGCUGAUUACUUCAGUGUCGGAGAUCAAAACGAGGUCAGGUCGAGUAGUGAAGAUCUGCUUAGCGCGAUUAUGCCAUUAAUGAAGCUUCUCUCCCUCACAGCCAUAGGGCUAUUACUUGCGCACCCAAAAAUCCAAAUGAUCCCAAGAGCAACCUUAAGGCUCCUAAGCAAACUUGUUUUUGCCCUCUUCUUGCCCUGCCUAAUCUUCACCUAUCUCGGUGAGAGCAUUACGCUUGACAACAUUGCUAAAUGGUGGUUUAUCCCUGUAAAUGUUGUGAUCAGUACAGGGAUUGGAUGCUUUCUAGGGUUCUUGGUGGUCAUUCUCUGCCGCCCCCCUCCUCACUUGAUCCGAUUCACCAUUAUCUCAACUGGGUUCGGUAACACAGGGAAUCUCCCUCUUGCCAUUGUUAGCUCUGUUUGUCAUACUGCUGAUAAUCCCUUUGGUCCUCAUUGUCACUCAAGAGGGGUUUCUUAUGUUUCCUUUUGCCAAUGGGUUUCUGUUAUUCUUGCUUAUACUCUUGUGUAUCAUAUGAUGGAGCCUCCAAUGGAGUUUUAUGAGAUUGUUGAGGAAGGCACUGAGAUUGAAGAAUUGGUUGAGAGUAGUGAUAAUGAUGUAAGUAAGCCACUCCUGAUAGAAGCCGAAUGGCCUGGAAUUGAAGAAAAAGAAACUGAGAAUUGUAAAGCACCCUUCAUUGCUAGGAUCUUCAAGAGCAUUUCAAAUGUUUCCCAGUCUACAUUUCCUGAUCUUGAUCACUCCAGAGAUAGUUCUACUACUCCGACAUACCCUGAAUCGAUCCGGUGUUUGGCCGAACCGAGAGUUGUGAGGAAGAUAAGAAUUGUAGCUGAACAAACUCCUAUACAGCACAUUCUGCAGCCCCCAACCAUUGCUUCUUUGUUAGCCAUCAUUGUUGGUUUAGUGCCUCAAAUCAAAGCAUGCUUCUUUGGCUCUGAAGCUCCACUAUUGUUCAUCUCCAAUAGUUUAGAAAUUUUAGCUGGUGCAAUGGUGCCUUUUGUAAUGUUGAUCUUGGGCGGUAUGCUUGCCGAGGGGCCUAACGAGUCAUCGACACUCGGCCUGCGUACUACAAUCGGUAUAAGCAUCGCAAGACUCUUGGUCCUUCCUGUCCUAGGAAUCGGGAUCAUUGUAGCUGCGGAUAAGCUGAACUUUCUAGUUCAUGGUGAUCCAAUGUACAAAUUUGUGGUUCUAUUGCAGUACACAACACCAACUGCCAUAUUGGUAGGAGCAAUUGCGAGCUUGAGGGGAUAUGCAGUGAGGGAGGCCUCAGCUCUGCUGUUCUGGGAACAUGUAUUUGCCCUCCUCUCCCUAUCUCUUUAUAUUUUUGUUUACUUUAAGGUUGUUUUAUAAGGAUGAUUGUUGUUUCAUCCCUGUCUUACUUACCAUCAUGCCUUCAUUUUUAAGGGAAUAAUAAUGUUCUUCUCCCUUAUCUUUGCUUGUAUAGCUUGGUUUAGAAACUGGUGAUAUGUGA